GACAGUGUUCAACCUUUACCGUUAAGGAUUUGACUGUCAUGGUCAGUGCGCUCCGGGGUUGAAAAAUAUGAAAAUUAGUUUUACCCCUACAGCGAGGUUGAAAUGAGUGAAAAUUUAAAAACCGAUAUCGCCAGUGUCUACACUGUAACUGGUGAACAAGAGUUUGGUAGUGAAAGUAAAAUAGCAGGUCAUAGUUUUAACAAUUUAGUUCCGGUGUCAUCAAGAGGUUCAUUAUUUGAAAAAAGGAAUACUUACAAAAAAUUUAUCGUACUUUUAAUAGCAUUUGUUAUAAUUCUUCUACUGGCAUUUGUAAUACUUUUAGUUUUAUACAUCCUCAAUGGAUCCUAUAAUAAUUAUUCAAUGUGUACCUCGGACGAAUGUUUGCGCUCGGCUGCAAACUUGAAAUUAUCGAUGAAUCUUGCUAUUGAUCCGUGCGAAGACUUUUACAAAUUCACUUGCGGGAGAUGGAGCAAAGAACAUCCAAAUCAUGGUUGGUUUUCGCAUUAUUCCAGUUUUGAAACAGUGGAUGAGCAUAUAGCUUUCGCUACUAUGCGGUUUUUUAAAUCAAACGAAUCGGACAAUGAACCGUUGCCUGUAAAACAAAGCAGGUAUCUCUACAAAUCAUGUAUGGAUACAGAUUCUGCCAACAAACUUGGUUAUAGUGUAAUAUAUGAUUAUCUCAAAAUAGUCGGACUACCAUUAAUACCAUCGCUUUUUGAAUCAGAAAGUAAUGAAACUUACAAAUUUGAUUGGAUCAUUACCGAAGCAAAAAUAAGGAAAACGUUUUCUAUGGACACAUUAAUAGGCUUUACAGUAGAUGCUAAUAUUUAUAAUCGUAAUGAAACUGUGAUAUAUAUUGGUAGACCAUCAAUUUCAAGUCAGUUGCCACGGUACAUUAGAAAAAAAGAGAAGGUUUUACAUAGAAAUAGAAGAUCUCAUAUUGAAGGCGACUUAGGAGAUGAGGCUUUUAAUGAUGAAAAUUAUCGAAGAAGUACUUUAUUUGAAACGGCGAAAAUUGUAACAAAGAGUGUUGUGCAAAAUAUAAGUGUACUAAGUACAACUGAUUCACAAAUAGAAGAUGCUGCGGAAUUGUUGUGGAGUUUGAAGCAUGAGCUCGAUGAAUUAAAUGAACACAAUUACACCGAAGAUGAAAACCUUGAUUACGAAUCUUUUAAAGUCGACGAGCUCCAAAAGCUGACUGAGAAUUGCGUAGCUGCUGAUAAAAGAAAUUUAGUGAAAGAUGUAUGGAGAAAGUAUUUGACAACACUAUUUGACGAUGUUCAAAACGUGACAUUAGAUUUAGAUGGAAAUACUCUCUUAUAUGUGUCUUACUUAGAAAUGGAUUACUUAUGUGACAUAAUGUCUUUUAUUACAAAUACUUCAGACAGAGCGCUAGAGUAUGUAUAUUGGUGGACAAUUGUGGACAAUAUGAUUGGCAGCACCACCUCUGAUAUAGCAGAAUCACUUUGGAGUUUGGCUAGUGAAUAUGAUAACGAAUCAGUUGAAAGACCUAGAUCAAUAGACUGUGCGGCGCUGACGGUUAAUUAUAUGGGUGUAGCCGUUAGUUAUGGUAUAGCUGAUAUAGCUGCGUUAAAUUUUUCUAUUCCAAAAGUGGAUCGAAUGAUAAACGAUAUUAAAAAUGCUUUUCUUGAACGCGUAAGGGAAAUAACAUGGAUGGAUGAAAAAACUAAAAGAGCGACUCUAGAAAAAAGUAGAGAAAUGGUAAGCUUCAUUGGCUAUCCAAAAUGGUUUUUAAAGAACGGCACUCUCGAAGAAUACUAUGGAAAUAUAACUAUUCGAGAGGACACGUAUUUGGAAAAUAUGAUGAAUAUAAUAAAACUGUAUACCCCUUAUAGAUUAUCGCAACUUGGUAAAGAAAGUAUAAGACAGUGGAGGACGGAUCCGAUAACUGUGAAUGCCUACAACUAUUUUUCAGACAAUUCUAUUACUGUUCCGAUGGCAAUUUUAACAUUUCCUUUUUACAAUUUAGGUUUAGAGGUGCUAAACUAUGGAGCCAUUGGGACCAUUUUGGGUCAUGAACUUACACAUGGUUUUGAUAUUACAGGAAGGAAAUUUGACAAGUAUGGUAAUUAUAAGCAGUGGUGGAGUGAAAAUACAAUUGAGGCAUUUGUAAAAAAGACCGAUUGCUUUGUUAAACAAUACGACAACUUUACAGUGCCAUCUUUAACGAAAAGGGUCAGUGGAUAUAGAACACUGGCAGAGAAUUUAGCCGAUAAUGGAGGCUUUCACCAUGCCUAUUGGGCAUACCAAAGACACAAGGCAAACCAUUUGUCUGAGAAAAUAUUGCCUGGUUUUCAACAUUUUUCCGAAAAUCAACUAUUUUUCAUUGCCUACGGAAGUAUUUGGUGCGAGGAAUUCAAUGCCAAUGCAAUAAAAAAGCAAAUAGAGACAGACGAACAUUCUCCUAAUUAUAUAAGGGUUAUGGCUACUUUACAAAACUCCAAAGAAUUUGCAGAAGCUUUCAACUGCCCCCUUGGAAGUAAAAUGAAUCCCGCUCAGGAAAAAUGUAGAGUUUGGUGAUAUCAUGUUAUGUUACUGAUCUACUACAUUAUGAGUUUAUUUUUCAUUCUAGUCAAUUGAACCAAAAUUUACAAACAUUAAAAAAAAUGUUUUUAAAUCAAUUAGGACAAUAAAGCUGUAAAAG